AUGAGGGUCUUCCUGCUUUUUGGAUUGGUGGCUGUUGCCCUGGCUGACUUCGAGGGAGAGAAAGUCUUCCGUCUGAAGCCUGUGCUUGAUGAGCAUGUGACCAUCAUUAAGCAGCUGGCGAGGAGCAUCGAGGUUGAUUUCUGGAGGCCCGACAGCCCUGAGCUCGUGACCAUCGACAUUGACGUCGACAUCCGCGUGCCUGCCAUCUACCUUGAUAUGGUGUACACCAUCCUGCAGCAGAAUGACAUAGAGCAUGAGGUCCUUAUUGAGGAUGUGCAGGCUGCUGUUCACGCCCAGGUUGACAACAAGCCCUCUCCCAGAGCCCACAGCUACACCAAGUACAACACCUGGGACGUGAUCCAGUCCUGGAUCAGCUCCAUUUCCUCCUCCAACCCAAGUCUGAUCAGCAGGCAGGUGAUUGGAAACACCUACGAGGGACGCCCCAUGACCAUUCUCAAGCUCGGUCAGAAGUCCAGCGCCAACAAGCCUGCUAUCUUCCUGGACUGUGGCAUCCACGCUAGAGAGUGGAUCUCUCCCGCUUUCUGCCAGUGGUUUGUCAAGGAGGCUCUGUCCACCUAUGGCAAUGACGCUCAGAUGACCAGCCUGCUCAACGACAUGGAUGUCUUUGUUCUGCCCGUCUUUAACAUUGAUGGCUACGACUACACCCACAAGAGCAACAGGAUGUGGAGGAAAACUCGCUCCAAGAGAUCUGGAUCCAACUGCUUUGGAGCUGAUCCUAACAGGAACUUUGAUGCCGGGUGGUGCUCCAUGGGAGCCUCCAACAACCCCUGCAGCGACACCUUCUGUGGGUACACUCCCGAGUCUGAGAUCGAGGUCAAGAAUGUUGCCGACUUUAUCCGCAAGAACAGGUCCAUCAUCAAGGGCUACCUCACCAUCCACUCCUACUCCCAGCUGCUGCUGUUCCCCUACUCCUACACCUACGACCUGGCUGCCGACCACAGUGAGCUGAUGAAGGUUGCUGAGGGGGCCUCUACUGCUCUGCGUAGUCUGUAUGGUACUCGCUACACCAGUGGACCCGGUGCUACAACCAUCUACCCCGCUGCUGGAGGCUCCGAUGACUGGGCCUACGACCUGGGAGUGAAGUAUUCCUUCACCUUCGAGUUGCGCGACACUGGUCGUUAUGGCUUCCUGCUGCCCGAGUCUCAGAUCAAGCCCACAUGCGAGGAGACCAUGCUGGCCGUCAAGUACAUUGCCUCCUACGUGCAGAAGAACCUCUAUUAAAGAGCGGAACUGCCAGGACCCCUGCCAACUCAGCUCCUCUGUACCAGCCCCCAGCCCCUCCAAUCUCUCAGCCAUCUCUAGCCCGUAUCCAUGGAUACGGGCACCUCCUGCCAUGUUUCCU